AUGGAAGUGAUGGACGUGAAUAGAGCUAAAUGUAUUGGGAAUGUGCUCAUUGAAAGUAGCAUUGCUGACAUGACGGAAACAUUUCAACAGUGCGAUAGUUUGGAAUCUGCUGAUGUAAUAAACGCUGAUGGUUGCUAUGAAAAUGCGAAUGAACAGAAAAUAUCUGUUCCGGAAAAUGGAAACGUUGUGAACUCUGUAGAAAAGAUGGCGAACGUUGGAAGGGAUGACAAAAAGUCAACGGAUAGCAUGGCAAACGGUCAGAUUGAUGAAAAACUUCGUCGCGCGAUAGAUAUCGUUGUAGGAUAUAGCCGAGUAAGCGAUGAAACAAAGGAACGGUUGAAAAGUGCAGUGACAGAUGUGCACUGCAAGACGAUGACUGAGCAAGAGGCUUGUCAGUGUUACAAACUUGCUGUUUCGUACUUUCGAACCUAUUACAAUAUGGUUGAAAAGUUGUUGAACCGAGCUAAUUUAGUCAAAGAACAUAAUCGAAGCAUUAUUUCGACGGCAGGAGAGAGUGGAAUUGAAAUGAAUGUGAAAAAUGAAGGAGCAGAGAUGUCUAGCAAAACAAGCAAUGACGAGAGUAAUGCAACUGGAGAUAAUCAGACGAAAGAUGGAAAGAAAAUUCGAAAAGUCAGAAGAGCGCGGAAGAAUUUUACACGAGAUAUUUCUGCAAUUGAUAAGAAGCGUAUCGAUAAAUGUAUCCAUGACUAUUGCGGAAUCUCCGGUAGACACUCGAUCAAAGCGAAUGCUAUACGUGAAGCUGUAGGCAUGGUGUUACACGAAGGAUGUACAGGAGUUGACGCAGCGAGAGCUACCAAUUUAACACCGCGAACAGUCAUGAAGCACGUUUACACCGUACGGGAUGCUUUGAAUUUACCUCAACCUCGAAAAGCUAAACAACAAACGGCUCACAGAAGUGAAGGAAAUGAAAUUAAAGAGGAAAAAUUUCUUGAAAAAGUGACUGAUAACGAUCGUGAAAUAGCCAAGAUGUUAAUUAAUGAGAAAUUUGAAUGCGUUGAAGCUAAGGAUUUUUCGGGAACUGGUUUGGAAUUGGAAUCAAAGAUUGAUAAGCUUUUACGAGAAUUCAGCUAUAGUGGUGAUGUCAGAAAAAUUCGCGAAGCGAUUAUAAAGAUUUUUACAGAACAGAAAUCAUCAGAAAUAUAUAAAGCGAUAAUAGAAUUACCUGUAACUGUUGUCAGUUCAUACGUUCGCUUACUUAAAGGGUUUUUGUGGGCAGAAAAUAUGGUGAAGACUAAUGACAAAGCGAUUGCCAUAACUCGUCGUGGAAGAAGAAGGCCGUCUGAUCAUGGAGAGCGCAACGUUAAGAGCACUGCUUUUUUCAAGUCAUCUGAAUCAAAUGAAAUUUUUUCUGCAAAGAAAAAGCGUAAGCUGGCCAACCUUGUGCCUCGUGGAGUGUUUAUUGGGAAAAUUGAUGUGCUGACGCUUCAUCUAGAAAAUGGUGUUGAAAGCGACGAACAACUUAUUAAGAGUGUGAUUUCAUAUCUUAUCGAUCACCAGUAUCGUCGUUCGGAAAUGGCACAAACGAAUAUGCAAAUUUGCUUAGAACAUGUUCUUCUUGAUGGACUCUCCGUUGCGGAAACAUUGAAAAUUCAUGAUGGACCAAAUGAAAGCAUAUUGGAGAUAUAUCACAAACGAUGCCGUGAUGCAUAUACUGUUCUGACGGUUGACUUUCCCGCAUUUGUACUCGAACUGAAUUUGUUUAAUGAAGAUGAAAGGAAUAGAUCUCGAAAGAAACGCUCAUGCACAUCAAAUGUCAAAAUGGAAGAGAUAAAACCGAUUGAUGCGAGGAAUGUGAGCAAUGUUGAUAUUUUGAAAUUCGAUACUGUUGAGAAGCUAUUUAUUUCGAUUCCAGAAAAAGCGAAGGCACUUCUGCAUAGUUACAUAAUGAAGCUUUUGAAUAUCAAUUUUCCACUUGAAAAACGUUUGGUUAGUGGUCUUUUGCAAAUGAUAGGUGAAAAGAUGGCUAAGAAAUAUGUAUUAGACGACAAGCUCCUGGAAGAUUGUGUUGCAUAUUUUUAUGAAAAAUACAACAACAUUGCUACGUAA